AUGUUUCUCAGUGAAUUUGAUAUUGUGUACGUGACGCAGAAAGCUAUCAACGGACAAUCAUUGGCCGAUCAUCUCGCAGAGAACCCGAUAGACAAGGAUUACGAGCCACUCACCACAUACUUCCCAAAUGAAGUAGUAUUGUUUGCAGGGGAGGACAUUGCAGGGUCAUACCCAGGGUGGAGAAUGUUUUUUGAUGGAACGGCGAAAUUAAAAGGUGCAUGGAUUAGGGUAGUCCUAAUUUUUGAGUCGGGACAGCAUUACCCAACUUUAGCCAAGAUAAGGCUCCCUUGCACAAAUAAUAUGGCGGAAUAUGAAGCAUGUAUCCUUGGAAUUAGGAUGGCAGUCAACACGAACAUUAAGGAACUUUUGGUCACAGGAGAUUUUGAUUUGCUAAUACACCAAGUUCAGGAUGAAGAUCCAGAUGGUAAGCCUUGGUACUAUGACAUCAAAAGGUUCCUCGAAGUCAAAGCUUCUACAUACAAGGCAGUCACAAAAAAGGUGCUGGAAGAUUUCGUCCGUAACAACAUAGUCUGCAGAUUCGGGAUCCCGGAGUCACUCAUAACUGACAAUGCAGCCAAUAUCAAUAGCGAUCUCAUGAAGGAAAUUUGCGAGAACUUCAGAAUCAUCCACCGUAAUUCCAUAGCCUAUAAGCUACAAAUGAAUGGAGCAGUUGAAGCAUCCAACAAAAACAUCAAGAGGAUCUUACGGAAGAUAGUGGACAAUCACAGGCAGUGGCACGAUAAGCUAUCCUUUGCCUUAUUGGGUUACCGCACCACCAUGAGAACAUCUAGUGGGAAAACUCCAUACAUGUUGGUAUACGGCACAGAAAUUGUGAUACUCGUAGAGGUCGAGAUACCAUCUUUGAGAGUCAUUCAGGAAGCCAAACUAUAUGAUGCAUAA